GUUUAUCAACAUUGAAUGGGCGACAAAUGGCUAAGCUAAAUUAAUGGAGAAGUUCACUCUUCACACACGGACAGCGUGUAAUUUAAUAUGUUGACAUCAUAAUGCUGAGGCAACAACUACCUCCGAGAAACUUUGAAUCCACCGUCUUCCUUCAAUGCCUCAAGAUACUUAAUAUAAGUUCACGUAGUACUAGCCUGGUUAAGACUUCAAGAUGUUCGGUAGUUAUGCCACCUUGGCCCAUCGCCAUGUCCAAGGGGACGUUAACUUCUACGACUCCCGAGCUGAUGAGGAGGCUUUCCUGAAAUCCAAGCCGCCUCUCUCGGAUGAGAUCAUCUCAACGUACAAGCCGCCCAAUCCCUGGCAGUCAAGUCCGACGUUCGAGGGCGAUUUCGUCUUGGUGUGUGAGUUCUCAGAACUGGAAGGCCCCAAACCAGUGAUGACAGUGCCCAAGGAUUCUGGUGGUGAUUUUGAGCAGAAUGACUUUGCGCUAAAGAUAAUGGCCAUUGACUACAAUGCUACCAACGUUGUCAGAUCAGGUGGUUCAUUCACGCUGGUUGAGGAUACUGGAGUCGUGUUGGAAGAGCCAAAAGAAUCCGCCUUCGCAUAUGUGCACCAUUUUACCUUGUAUGAUAUCAUCGCCAGGGGGUAUGUCCGACCAUUUUGCAUUGCGUACAUCUCAUCGGAUAAAAGGAAAAUCAUCCGGAAUUUGGCAUGGCUGUCCAAGAAGUUUAGCAAAGUCAGUGAAUCCUUCCGCUAUGGGAAUCAUUGUCAAUUCAAGAGAGAUCUGGAGCGACGGAAAGCUGACAUCCAUUUUACAAUAGGGAGUGUAUCACUUCAGCAUCCACCUCAGCAUCAUGACGAUGAGAUCACAUCUGAGCGGGGCUCACCUCUCUGUCAAGACGCCCAAGCAAAGCAGAAGCUACACCAGCAGCUGGAGGCAUUGGAGAAGGGGCUAGAUGAAGUGGAUGACAUCCUGCGAGCCGUGGCCCCAGAGUUGGUGAAUCCGAAGCUUGAGGCAAGGUUUCGUAGAUUAGAAGAAUUAGCAACUACUCAGAGAUUAGCCAAAUCCAGAGCACACAGAUACUCAACAAGCGUCCACGAGGAAGGUUACCAUAGCGAUGGAGACGACAAAUUGUUGGUGCAAUCGAAUCAGAGAAGAAUGAAGAGAAUCAGUACUUGUGAUAGCAUCGUUGAUCUGACGUCAUCCUUAGAGACGGAUACGCAGCACGUCCCACAGAUGAUCCGAGUGGAUGGAUUCCGGAAGUUUGAUAUACGACUGCGGACUCUGCACGAGCUGUGUGGCUGGGGGUACAAAGCUGGGCUGAACAGCGUUCGCAAAAUACAUCAUCAUUUGAGUCGUAAUUAUGUAGUUCUACAUAUGGAGAGGAGAGAGUCCAGGCUAGUAGAGCCAGCGUCAUCUCUGCUUACUAUCGGCAGGUCUAUUACUACCAACUUUGUUCAUCUUGUUGAUAUGCAGUGUGUGAAUGGAAGUUUUCAUGAUGAGUACAACGCAGGCAGGCACUGCGGGACAACGCUCAAACAGAACAUGAAUACAUCGCCCGCAGCGAGUAGUCCAUCAUUUGAGGAGAGAGUGUUGUCUAAAUUGCACUCAUCUAGCUUUGAAGCCAAGUUUGUGCCUGGUACAGCAUACGCAUCAAUGGAAUCACUGUACUAUGACGUGACUGAGAGUCCCGACGAGAGCAGCGAGGACGAGGAGGUAACAAGUAUCCCAAAGAAGCAAACGGGUAACGGAUUAAUCAUCUCAUCAGACGACGGCUCCUGGCUGGAUCUGGAUUUCGCUUCCAGAGAAUCCGAGUAUUCCUCAUCGACAGACAUGUCAGCCUCACCCGCACAUCGGCACAAGUACUUCAACCGGGUAGUGCACACCCCUUCGGAUGAAAUUGAUGAUGCCGCUUCAGCAGGAGAAGUUGCAGCUCAUGAUGCUACGGCAGAUUCCAACUCUCCAUCUACCUCAUCCUGCGGGGGUGAUCUUUCACAAGUCCCAGAUUCUGUGAAUCCUCCACCGUGUUCUGAUUCGUAUAUCGUCAGGAGACAUCAGAAAGUAUCUGUAGGAAGCUAUGCCAGUAGAAUCAACAGCUUCAAUACGUGCUUGCCAGGAUCUGGUGUCCGUAACAUCAUCGGUCAGUACACAUUUGCCAUUCAUCUUGUCUAUGCACUACUCUCUGGUAGACCUGUUGUUGUUCUAUCUCACCCACGCUUUGAAAAGGAAGUCACAAGUCUGAUCAGAACACUCUGGUUGUUUGUUCCAGGCCAUUCCAGUAAGUAUCAUCUGGUCGUCCCAUGGCACACCCGUCCACUACACCAAGCUGAUCUGAAACAGAUGAAGCUAGUCGGUCUUGCCAGACACAAAUCAGCCAUGCCAGUCAUUCCGACAUCUGUACAAAAGCAUAUUACCAUCUUUGAGUACGACAACAGCACGUUGUCAACCCCACCCUAUAAUGGGUCUUACCUGAAUCUACUUAUUAAGAGCUACAAGUCUUUCCGAAGUGACCAAGCCUACAUUGGCUUCAUCCAUUGUAUAUUCUCCGAGUUAGCCGCCAAGGCGUUUGUCUACCACCAUUCCUUCAUGCUCAACUCACCACCAUUCCAACCACUGCCGGAGAAUGAUGGAACAAUUAGUGAAAUGUUAGCGAAGUCUAAUGUCUACCUUAGCAAGCUUGGUGUAGCAGAAGGAGAUGCUGAUAUCAUACGGUACUGGGUGGAGAUAAUUAAACAGCAGCAGAUAGAUGAAAUGUUCGUCCAGACUGGUUCAACAGUUACGCCUACUCCCUCUGAGCAAUUAGACUACAGGCAAUGUAAGGAGUACCAAAUCUAAAACAAACUACAGUGCAAUAACCCAUCCAUGGAGUGUAUGUGUGCUGGUUGUUGUGGUGGACUUCCUCCCUCUGGGUGUAAGGAGCAAUUCUAAAGACAAUGUAUGUUUGCGGGUGUGGGGUGUCAUGUACACAAGCAAACAGAACAUCACCCCUCAUUUUGAAAAAAAUAUUGUAAAAGUACAGUUGAAGAAUGCCUUCAUCCGAAGUCAUCAAAUAAUUGACCCACAUUAAUGAGAAUGCUGUUUUUUUUUACCCUGGUUACCAUGGUUAAAUGUUGAACCAUCGAAUGUAUUUGCUUUCAAAAUGUCAUGUUGAAUAUGGCUGGUGUCGGGUUACGUGAUAUUGCAUGAGAAAAGUUCUUCUGGAAGCAACCUGUGUAUUUGCUAGUGAGGGGUUCAGAUUGAAUUCUGGUUGGGGAAGUCACAGGUGAACAUAGCGUGACUGUGUUUAGUCUGGCUGCUUCUGGGUUCACUUCUACUUUCAUUUGAUCCCUAGAGCAAGGUGAACAUUGAGUGUAAUUAUAUUGCUAGUUUGGUGAUUUCAAGCACUUUGAUGGUAUCCUCAUCCUCAUCGAGAUCUUCGAGUCCGUGCUGGCCUUUUGGUAGUCUGAAGUCAGGGCAGUCAUGAAUGAUGUGGCUGCUUGAUGAUGGUAUCUCCUUAUCGCAACAUACAUGUAGCGUGACUGUCCUUAGUCUAGCUGCUUGUGGGUCGUCUUCUUCUUCUUCUUUCAUUUGAUCUCGCGACCAAGGUGAAGAUUGAGUGUAAUUCAUUUUAUAAUUUAGAGACUUCAAUCCACUUGAUGGUGUCCUUGUUGAGGUUUACUUUGAGUUCCUACUCGCCUUUUGGUGGUCUGAAGUCAGGGCAGUCAUGAAUGACGUUGGUUUUUAAAAUGAUUUUGUAACUAGCUAUGGUGAGGUUUGAUUUAAUAGGGAAUUUUCAAUACCCAUUACUUUUGUUCCAGCUGAUUCGCCAUCUGCCUGUUGGAAGUCCUGCACCGUACCUGUAUAUUACAUAUGUUUUCCAAAUUUACAGAAGCCAGAACCCGUGCCCAAGCCUUGAUUUCGAAAUUGCCAUAUGAUAUCAAAAUCAAAUCAAACAAAAACAGAUAAUAAAAUAACACAAAAAAAACUGUACGGAAAACCCGCUUUAUAUAGUCAACAUAAGAGUGGAGAUCCCAUUUUUUUUUUUUUUCUUCUGUAGUUUUGAUAAUCACAAGCAAACAACCCUUGAUAUUUAUUUUGCUGUUCCCAUGAGUGUUUGGAUCAGUUUCGCGUUUGUAUCACACUGUACCAAUAGACAAGCGGAAAUGGGGUUGAGACUGUGUUCUCACGAGGAACAAAAGACAAGCGUCCCAUGAGAAUUUCUUCUUGUGCGAAUGCAACUACUUUGCAGAAGUUAAACAUGGAGGGGCAUUGCAGAGAGAAAUGCGCACAGAUUGUCUUCCCUUUGAAAUCCUAAUUACCACCUGUUGAAAUCGUGUGAACAUUUGAAUACUUUGUUUUAUAAUUUUGCUUUGUAAUUUGUUACUAAUAUAACUCUAAAGUGCCUUAGUCCAUGAAAUUUAUACGAUAUAUAUAUAUGUAAACUAUUGGUGCAAUUGUUAUUGUUAAUAUUUUGUACUAUUAUUAACCAUUAUCCAGUGUAUUGAAUGUUAUACUUGGUAUGAGUCCAAUAGCGUGUGCCAACCAUCUGAUGAUGUAAAACUAAUGGUUAAAGCACAGUUUAGAGAAAUAAUUCGAGUUUCGGUUAAAUUUUUGUUUUCAAAUAUUUUUCUAACAACGGGUUACAUGUUAGACUGGCUUUACCUCGAGUUAGGACGAGCCUGACUUUAGGACUAGCCUUUGUUUUUAAUAUCUCCUAUGACUAGUCCUUACUAUAACUUGUUCUAACUCUUUGUGAAAUCAACCCCUGGCAUUGAAGCAGGAAAUUUAAAAUUGUGAAAAAGUCCCUCCUUUAGA